GCCACUCCAGGCGGCGCGUAUCUAUGGUUCGGAUCCAUUAAUUGCGGAGUGCAGAGCCAGGGUCGCGAAGAGAAAUCGUGGCGGAAACGAUUCGCAGUUUCUCUCCUCGGGCUCAGAAGCCCCGAAGCAGCCGACGCCCAUUUCUCCCCACCUGGAAAGCGGAGAAAGGGGCGCGGAGAGGCUGGUGGGAGCCCUCUCGGACUGCCUUGGGGCAGGAGACCCAGUGCACGGCAGGAAAUAUCCAAGGAUGGAGGGCACCCUCGUCCCGGAGGCUCUGCGCCGCCGCCUCCGCGAUCGCUGCCGUGAUCGCUGGGGCCAGGAGGCCGAGGGCCCCCGGGAGCUUUGCAGCCGCCUGCACCGGCUCUGCCGUCUGUGGCUGCGGCCAGAAAGGAGCAGCAAAGCGGAGAUGGUGGGCCUGGUGGUGCUGGAGCAGCUGCUGGCCGUGCUGCCCCCGGAGAUGGCCAGCUGGGUGAGGGAGUGCGGAGCCGAGAGCUGUUCCCAGGCGGUGGCCCUGGCCGAAGGCUUCCUGCUCAGCCAAGCCCAGAGGGAAGAGCCCGGAAAGGGGCAGCAGAUGCAGGAGGAGAAUUUGGCUGAGCUCCGGGGCAGAGGAGAUGGAUCCAGCUCUACGCAGGACCUGUUUUUCAGGAGGAUCCAAUUUGGGCCACUUUGCCAGAGCUCUGAUACCUUUGAGGAGGUGACUGUGGAUUUCACGGAGGAGGAGUGGAGGCUGCUAGAUUCUGGUCAGAAAACCUUAUGCUGGGAAGUCAUGAAAGAGUUUUCUAGGAAUUUGACUAAUCUGGCUGAUGUGUCUGUGAAUGAGAAUGGAGGGGGGAAGUUGUCCACUUCUCUUCCUGUUGUUAUUCGUGGCUUCCUGUCCCAGCAAGAUCAGGAAGAAAAGAGAAAAGGGAAACACAGAAAAGAAGAAAAUAUGAAUUUGAAUUACAUAAAUACGGCAAAAAGCAGACUAAAGAAAAACUGCCCGGCUGCAGACAACGUAGAGAAUAACUCCUUCACUCCUACUUCACCAAAGAAAUUGUAUAGGAAGCACAAAUUACGUAGCUCUGCAAAAUCUGGGGGGGAUUCCAGUCAGAGCAGAAAAAGGGAACUUGGCAUGCAGAGUGGAAAGAAUUUCAGCAAUAAAAGUAAUCUUGAUAGCCCCAAAAAGAUCCACAUCACAAAGACACCACAUAAAUGUCAGUAUUGUGGAAAGACCUUUACCCAGAGUGGACAUUUUAAUCUUCAUCUAAAGACGCACACAGGAGAGAAACCGCAUAAAUGCUUCGAAUGUGGAAAGACCUUUAUCCGAAAAGAUCAGCUUGAUCUUCAUGAAAGGAUCCACACUGGGGAGAAACCGUAUAAGUGCAGGGAAUGUGGAAAGAGGUUCGGGAUCAAAAGUAGUUUUAGUCGCCACCGAAGGAGUCACGUAGGGGAGAAACCAUACAAAUGCCUAGAGUGUGGAAAGGGCUUUUUAAUCAAAAGUGCCCUUACUCUGCACCAGAGGGUCCACACAGGAGAGAAACCAUUUAAAUGUGUGGAAUGUGGAUUGAGUUUAAUUACCCAGGGGAAAUUGAAUCGCCACCAAAAGAUCCACACAGGGGAGAGACCCUAUAAAUGCCUGGAGUGUGGAAAGAGCUUUACCCGAAAAGGACACCUUCAUCGUCAUGAAAGUAUCCACACAAGGGAGAAUGUCAUGGCCCCAUUGGAGCCCAAUUCAGAGGAAGAAGAGGAGGAGGAGGAAUUAGAAGAACUGGGACUAUCCAACAGGGAUAGCAAUAGCACUUAGACUUAUAUCCCGCUUCACCGUGUUUUUACAGCCCUUUCUAAGCAGUUUACA